CAGAGAGGCACCAAGACGCUGCCCAGCCCAAGCGUCGCCUCGACUCCCGAAGGGCUCUAGCUUACCGCACCUCCACUCCGAGACAUCCCGGCCAGGUGAGCCUGCGAUCUCUGCUCAGUGAGACGUCAUGGGCUUCCGGAAGUUCUCCCCCCUCCUGGCUCUCAGCAUCUUAGUUCUGUACCUCUCAGGCAGCCUGCUUGCAGUGCCGUUCAGGCCAGACUUGGAGAGCAGCCCAGACCUGGCCACACUCAGUGAGGAGGAAGCGCGCCUCCUGCUGGCCGCACUGGUGCAGGAUUAUGUGCAGAUGAAGGCCGGUGAGCUGGAGCAGGAGCCGGAAACAGAAAGCUCCAGCCUGGACAGCCCCAGAUCUAAGCGAUGUGGUAAUCUGAGUACCUGCAUGCUGGGCACCUACACACAGGACCUCAACAAGUUUCACACAUUCCCCCAAACUGCAAUUGGGGCUGGAGCACCCGGCAAGAAAAGGGAUAUGGCCAAAGACUUUGAGAAAAACCAGCACCCUCUUGUUGGCAUGCCUCAGGAUGCCAACUAAACUCUGUCUCUCUGAUUGCUUUUCUUGCUUUCUGCCUAUAACUUAAUGCAUGUGGUUCUUCUCUGGUUGUUCUUUGGGCAGUUUUGGUGGCUUUCCUGUGGUAGAGAAUGUCUGGAACCUCAGAUGGGCAAAGAGAGAGGGGAGGACUCAGGGGCCAGAAGAGCAUCAUCCAGGAAGAUGUAAGAGAGCAAAGGCAGCCCUUCUGAGGUCCCUGAGGGUUCCUUAGCUGAGCUUCUCAGUCCUGCUUCUGACUGUGCUGGUCAUUUGGGGAAUAAAAUUAUUUUUCCAAAAAGA